AAACUCAACCCCGUCAGUAAUUCCGCGUUCACAAGAUUAAUUUCUGAGGAGUUCUGGCCAGUUGUCUGUAUGCAGGGCAUGACGACUAAUUUUAAAGCAGGCAAAGCUUUAAAGGUAAAGAAGGAGGUGGGUGAGAAUGCCCCGGCGCUUAGCGAUGACGAACUGGUUGCCAUGUCGGUGCGGGAGCUCAACCAGCACCUCCGCGGGCUGACCAAGGAAGACGUGGUGCGGCUGAAGCAAAGGCGGCGUACGCUGAAAAACCGCGGAUAUGCCGCCAGCUGCCGGAUCAAACGCGUUACACAGAAGGAGGAGCUGGAGCGGCAAAAGACGGAGCUACAACAAGAGGUAGAUAAGCUGGCCCGAGAGAAUGCCAGCAUGCGGUUAGAGUUGGAUGCUCUUCGUGCCAAGUACGAGGCUCUGCAGUGCUUCGCCCGGACUGUCACUCGUGGACCCCUCUCUCCCGGAAAAGUGGCCACCACAAGUGUCAUCACCAUCGUCAAGUCGGCCAAUCACAGCCCCAGCUCCGCCCCAUUCUCUGCCCCGUCUUAGUGGGACGAGUUUGCUGGCCCUGUUCUACCUGGUCCAAUUUGGAUGUUAUGCCAACCCAAACCCACCCUACCCAUACUGAGAAGAGGCUCAGUAAAUGAACUUUGGGAAGGGUUGGGUUGCUGAGUUUGUGUG